CCAGGUCCGCCAAAACUCGACAAGGACGACCAGGAGGAGUUUGAAAAACUGAUUCACAGAGCUAACACGCAAACCAUCAUUGACGAGUAUAAUGAGAAAAUGGGCUUCAAAGUCGAUUCAGCACCCAAGGUCGACGUCGGAACGUUCUCGCCUGACAAGUUCAAGAUCAUCCCCGAGUUCGAGGGCAACGUGAAUCCAAAGACGGGCGAGGUUAACGGCCCAAAACAGGACCCGCUUAAGCACGGUUCCGAUUGGAGUUUCAACGGCAGGGUGACAGACUUCUAG